AUGUGGGGCGCCCUACUGCGGCGCGGGGUUCGUGGCGCCGGCGGGGUCCGCUGUCUGUCCUCGGGCGGCCCGCCCUGGAACCAGGUGGUGUCGGAGGCCGAGAAGAUCGUGGGGUACCCGACGUCCUUCAUGAGCCUGCGGUGCCUGCUGAGCGACGAGCUCAGUAACAUCGCCAUGCAGGUCCGCAAGCUGGUGGGCACCAAGCACCCGCUGCUCGACACCGCCCGGGGUUUUGUGUAUGACAGCCGAAAUAAUUUACAGAUGCGAGGUUUGGUCGUACUGCUUAUUUCCAAAGCUGCUGGACCCAGCACAGCACAACUCUCUUUCCAGCAUGACAUGGUCAGUGGAAUUUAUUCCAGUCAAAGAAGUCUGGCUGAGAUUACGGAGCUGAUCCAUACUGCCUUUCUGGUGCAUCGUGGCAUAGUAAACAUUGGUGAGCUCAAGUCCUGCGAUGGCCCACUGAAGGAUAUGCAGUUUGGGAAUAAAAUGGCUGUUUUGAGUGGAGAUUUUCUUCUAGCAAAUGCUUGCACAAGCCUUGCACAGUUGCAGAAUACCAAGGUUGUGGAACUCAUUUCGAGUGCUAUUGGUGACUUAGUUCAAGGGAUAUAUUAUGAAAACUCAAAAUCAUCUGAGAACUGCCUCACAGAUGAUAUUGGCAUAUCUAGGUGGAAGGAGCAGGUUUUCCUGUCACACAGUGCCUUGCUGGCAAAGAGCUGCCAAGCUGCAAUGGAGCUAGCAAAGCACAGCGCUGAGAUCCAGGACAUGGCAUUCCAGUAUGGGAAGCAUAUGUCUAUGAGUCAUAAGCUACAUUCGGACCUGCAGCCAUUUGUUAAAGAAAGUUCUAGUGACACCAUGGCCUUCAGUUUGAAUUCUGCUCCUGUAAUCCUUCAUCAGGAAUUCCGUGGAAGGGAGGCAUGGCUUAAACAGAUUAGAGAGGCACAAGGAAAAGGAAACAUUGUGGACUACAAGAAGCUGCAGGAAGCGAUCAAGGCUGGCAAAGGUGUGACUUCUGCCAUCGACCUCUGCCGCUGCCACGGGAACAGAGCACUGGCAGCCCUGGAGCGAUUCCCUCCCUCGGAGGCCAGGGACGCCUUGGCCAACAUUGUCUACGCCGUGACCAGGUUUCCCUGACGUGCCGCUCCUGGAGGAGCAUCUCUCCCUCCACAGGUGGAAGCAACCAGGCUGGACCCCAGUGCUGCCUCACACCUCUGAUCGCCUCAUCCCAUCCCGGCAGAGGAACGUGUGCUUGCUGCUGCCGCCACCACCAGCAAAUUUCGGGAGAUGAAAGAAGAAAGGUCACAGACGGUUUUCACUUGUCGUGCCAGAAGCGCACUUGAGGCUGCACCGGUAGAAAUAAUUAAUGAGUCCCGUUUCCGUGACCUCAGCAAAUGGACAG